UAAUUAACAAACAAACAAAAAACUACCAAUUGUUACGUAUGUGGAUACCAGCUUCGAGGCCGCUUAAACAAAUCGGCAUAACUGUCCGUUUUCAAAAAAAAACGGACAAGAAAAUAUAAGAAAUACCGGAAACAUUAAAAUGUUCAUUAGAAAGCAGAAAAGACAUUGCAAAAUAUAUGGCACCUUAGUAAGUGGUAAAUAUAAAAUUAUAGUGACUAACAGGACUAUAUUGAGAAAUUAUUUGGCACAAACAUUUCCACUUCAUAUGAUACUAAUGAGUUUUAUGCACUUAUGGCCAUGAAACUGAUGGCAAAUUAAGUAUGCACUUUUAAACACAUACUAUUCCCCAAAUAAAGAACUAGGAUUCUUUAUUCCGUUUCAGUAAGACCUACGACUUGCAAGUUGACUUUAGCGGACAAAAAUGGAAUAUUCAUACGUGCUAUGUUUUAUGUUGGUUAACUGUGCCAUUCUAUUUCAACAUUGCACUGCUGAUGAAAUUCGUGAAAUUAUGUUCAAACUCCUUUCAAAUGAACACAAAAUGCAUUCCUAUGAAAAAAGAAUUGAUGAUCUUGAAACGCAAUUCAAAACCUCAAUGGAAGAGUUAACCACAAAGUUGUCUACGGGUCUAAACACAAUCACAGAAACAUUAAAGCAGUAUGAACCGAGCAUGGGUGAAAUUAGAAAGGACAUUAAAGAUACAAUAUCAAACACGGUAACACAAAUGGUAAAGUCACAACAUGUUGCACUGAAUAAAGCGAUGAAACGGGAAAAGGUUGCAAUGCUGAAAACACAAACAGAAAUAAAAGGACAGAUGAACUUGAUGAAUACAGCAUUUAACAACUCACAGAGAUAUUAUGAGGAACGUUUCACAAACCAAACAGCUAGGCUUCAAGACGAGUUUCAAGCGCAGAAGGAAAGGGCAGAACAUUUCAUGACGAAAGUGGUCAAUACAAGUCAAGUGCAUGUUAAUCAACAAACGGAAAAUUUCGAAAAUGCACAGGGAAGCUUUGAAGAUCUUUUUACGAACAAAACUGAAAGGUUAGAUAACAGGUUCAAUAAACAGACUGAAAAGGUUGACGACUUAAUUGAGACCAUACUAAGUGAAAGUAAACAACUUCAUCAAACGGUGGAAGCAUACACAGAAUAUACAAAGAACUCAACCCAAAGCCUGGAAGAUGGACUGAAAGAGACUUUGAAACAAAUGAAAAACGAAAUCUUCAAAAACCUUACUAACGAAACAAGCGGAUUAGAAUCACGUCUUUCUUCAAUUGAAGGAAGGAUGACAAGUCACCAUGUUGGUUUCUCUGCAAGACUAACAAGGAAACUACCAUCUAUAAAAGGGGGCACCGUUAUAGUUUUGAACGAAGAGUUUUAUGACGGAUCGUCUAGCUAUGAUUCGUCCACAGGAAUAUUCAGGGCACCUAUCAGUGGCAUGUACUUGUUCCGGUUCACUGUUCAUUUUAGCAGUAAAGCAAAAUUUGCAGCUGUAUGUUUGAGUCUUUCUAUCAGUACUUGCGUUUCUAUUCUAAAUGGAGUCAAACCUAAUCAAACCAGCAACAAUUUCUAUGUAACAUAUCUCUAUGCUGGAACCAACGUUUAUCUUUUUACAAUUUCAGGGCAGAUAAGCAUAAAUGAAAUGCCCUGGAGAACAACUUUCAGUGGAGUUCUGAUCCAUAUCUAGAAUGAUAUUAUCUAUUUUCACAAUAUAACCAUAAUUAUUCAUCGUCAUUUAAGUACAUGAUUGCACCUGGCGACUGGUUAAUUAUGAUGGGUACUGUGCAAAACGUCUAAAGGAAGUUCAUUCUAUAGUAUUUCUUGAUACAUAUACUCUGUAUAAUUUGAUGAUUUUGUAAGGGCAUACUCAGUAUAAAUAGUUAAUCAAUAAGGCUUUAUCUUCGUGUACAUUCAAUAUAUGACUAGUAGCUUGGUAUACAUAUAGGCUAGACUUAAUAAAUAU